AUGAGACGUAAAACCAAGGUGAAAACUGGUUGUGCAACCUGCAGAACCAGAAAGGUCAAAUGCGACGAGAAAAAGCCGUUUUGCCAAAGAUGUGUCAACACCGGUCGUACUUGCGACGGCUACGAGUCCCCAUUUAGAUUUUUCACCAGUCAACCCAUCAAAAACGCCCAUGCUGGCGGCAUCAAGUCAGACAUUGGUUUACAACGCAUCUGGUCCACCUUCAUUGAAAUCGCCCCUCGGGACAUCAAUCUUCUCAAUCGUUACUUCUCAACCAAAACCCUAUUCGAUGUGAAUCUGGGCUGUGACGAAGAAGCCAGGCAAGUCCUACAAGCCAGCCAGACUGACCCGCCUAUACAACACGCAGUCCUGUCUCUAAGAGCUCUCCGAGAAGAUCUCGAGACAUCCGGAGACGAUCCAGCGUCUAUCGCGCAGCAGACUCCAAGCUAUCACUACGGCCUUCAGCAAUACUCUAUGGCUUUCAUUGAGCAAGUGCGAAAGAAUUAUGCUGCUAUGGUCCAGCAUAUCAUUAAAGGACUCAGGAUAAUGCACGAGUAUCGAGCAAGGCCGGGCUUUACUUCCGCAAACAAGUUGGUGCCAGCGCACUGUGAACAAUUACCCUUCCUGGAUGUUUUCGUCAUUAAACUAUUUGCUGCACCAUGUAAAUUUGCGGAUCCUCCAGCAGCCGAUAGAAGCGAGACAACAUCGUCGUCUGCGUGUUUGUUUUCGACUCAUCAACAGCUUGUUGAAUCUUGCAAUCUUCGCACGAUUGCACCCGACAUGCGAACAGAGCUUACACGGAUUGCUACGUCGACACUUGAGUUCCUUGACAAAGUGUCGCAAGUCAAAUCGAUAGGCGUCGCUCUUCGGCUACUAUCCGAGAGAGCAGCUCUGCUAGACUCCUUACAUUCUUGGCUCAUUGAUCUUGAACUUGUUCAGACGGAGAUCGGGCAUCCUGGCCCAGAGCCUGUGUCAGUGUCCUUUUUGCGCUUCUUCCAUCACAUACUGAAAAUCAUUCUCUUGGACGCGCUAGACUCUUCGUCAAAUGUUCAUGCUGAGCUGCGGCCUGAGAACGACCAGUUGCAGUGCGUAGCCAACGAAAUAUGUGAAAGAGUCAGGUCUUAUAGAACCUGCACUGGGACUAUUAAUGGCCGAGGGGAGCACUCCACAGUGUGCUAA